AUGGAUAACGAGUUGGAAGCAAUAAGGGCCAAAAGAAUGGCCGAAAUGCAGGAGGAGCAAGAGGAAAUGAUCCAAAAACAAGAAAUGAAAAACACUAUCCUGUCCCAAGUAUUAGAUCAAGAGGCUCGGGCCAGAUUGAGUACCAUUGCCCUCACAAAACCUGACAAAGCAAAAAUGGUUGAAUCAAUGCUCAUACAAAUGGCACAGAAGGGGCAAAUUCAAAGCAAAAUAGGAGAGAACCAGUUGAAACAACUGCUAGAACAAAUAUCUGAAAAGACUAAAACAACAACUACUGUAAAGUUUGAUAGAAGAAGAGCAGCUUUGGAUUCAGAUGAUGAUUAG